AUGGGUGAUAGUUUGGACAAAAUUGAGUUGGUUGUACCACAACCCCUGAAAGCCAGAGUGAUGCUGUGGACAGAUGUAAGCUACCCUGACAUGGAAGUUCUAGAUAAAAUGCAGUGCAUUCCUGAUCUGGAGAGUGCUUUGUGCCGUGUGUUUACCAUUGACCUCCUUGAACCAAAAAGACGAGUUCUGCUGGAGCUGUAUGUCCAGACUAUGCUUUUUUGUAGAGAGAACAAGUUAAAUAAAGAGCAAACGUCUGCCCUCCUGUCUAUCAUCAAGUCCAUCCAUGCAGCCAACAUAGAUACCCCUCUUAACAACAUAGAGCUGUGUUUUGCUUACUGCAAGGAGCUUCUGCUUUGUCACUCGAUCAGGCGGCCUCCCUUUAGUGUCAACCUCUUCAGCUAUGAAGAGGCACUCUGCAUUUUAAACUACAUCCACAACAACUAUUUCAGUCACUAUAAACUCUACAAGUCAGUGUUUACACCACAGAUGAAACUUGAUCUGUCUUUGACAUACUCUGGAGUAGUGGACAAUAGAUCAUCCGUCAUGGAGGAUUCCUUUGUGCCAGCUGAUGCUAAUAAUGUGAUGGAGGAAGAAACAGCCCCAAAGACAUGUGGGUCUUCGGAAACACAGGAAACAUCCACCGCAGAGCAAGAGGAAGUCCCUCUUGGUUCCAGUCAGACUUGA